CCGCCUGGCGCUGGGGCCGCCGCCGCCGCUGCCGCCGCCGCCGCCGCCGCUGCCGCUGCCGCUUUACGUAAGGCGCAGGCCAGGGCCACCCGGCGCUCGGCAGCCGCCUGCAGCCCUCGGAGCGCAAGGAGAGGCUCCCGCCCGGCAGUCUUGGCAGGUUCUGCCAGAGACUGACAUUUGGCCCCAAUGUGAAAUGAAAGUUGAAAAUUGCAUCUCCGUGUGUGUUGCUAUCAUGGUGUUGAUUCACUGGUCAUGCCUGAAGAGGGAAAUUGUGCUGUAGAAAGCUGACUGCUGCGCGGUCACUGCCUAUCCUCCAUGUCCAGCUCCUCUCCCUUCUGCUGGAGUGAAAUCCUCUCCGGAUACCAACAGAACGUCCGCUGUAGAAAAUGCUUUAUGUUUUAAGAAUGUCAGCAACCUAAGUUCAUGCACCCUGUCUGUACAGUUGUUGUGGAUGGUUUGCCAUCUGAAAGCGCCUCAAGUUCUUAUCCAGGCUUCGUGUCUGUUUCUGACAUGUCUCUGCUUCAUGCAUUGGGCCCAGUGCAAACCUGGCUGGGACAAGAGCUCGAGAAAUGUGGCAUUGAUGCCAUGAUUUAUUCGAGGUAUAUCCUCAGUCUUCUUCUGCAUGACAGCUAUGACUACGACCUUCAGGAACAGGAGAAUGACAUCUUGGGCUGGGAGAAAGGAGCUUAUAAGAAAUGGGGAAGGAGUAAGAAGAAGUGCUCAGAUCUAACGCUAGAGGAGAUGAAAAAGCAAGCUGCCGUCCAGUGUCUGCGCUCUGCUUCUGAUGAAAGCUCUGGAAUCGAGACUUUAGUGGAAGAACUCUGCUGCAGACUGAAAGACCUACAGAGUGAGCAAGAAGAGAAGAUUCACAAAAAGUUAGAGGGGUCUCCCUCCCCAGAGGCAGAAUUGUCCCCUACAGCAAAGGAUCAAGUGGAAAUGUACUACGAAGCAUUUCCACCGCUUUCUGAGAAACCAGUUUGCCUGCAAGAGAUCAUGACCGUGUGGAACAAAUCCAAACCCUGUUCUUACUCUAGCUCCUCUUCAUCAUCCACAGCCCCACCAGCAAGCACAGAUACAUCUUCUCCAAAGGACUGCAAUAGCGAGAGUGAAGCCAUCAGAGAAAGAAGCACUGCCGCCGCCAUCCCCAUGCAUGAGAAAGCCCAGAGCAGGAGCAGACACGAGAAGGAGAACAAGCUGAGCAACGGCACCAUCGAAGAAAAGCCUGCCUUGUACAAAAAGCAGAUCCGACACAAACCUGAAGGGAAGAUUCGCCCUCGCUCGUGGUCAUCCGGCUCUAGUGAAGCAGGCUCAAGUUCAAGUGGUAAUCAGGGAGAAUUAAAAGCAUCCAUGAAGUAUGUUAAAGUCAGACACAAGGCACGAGAAAUUCGAAACAAAAAAGGGCGAAAUGGGCAAAGCAGGCUGUCACUAAAACAUUGUGAGAAGGCAGAGAGAAGUGUCCAUGCAGGCAGCAGCAGCAGCAGCAGCAGCAGCAGCAGCAGCAGUGGGUCCAUCAGGCAGCUGUGCAAGCGGGGUAAAAGAGCAGCAAAGGAGACAGGGCGGAGUGACCCCGGGAACACUGCAGUGAAAGACCUGUAUGUGGAGAGCAGGAACAACAAAGAGUACAAGGAAGAGCCACUGUGGUACACCGAGCCCAUUGCUGAGUACUUUGUCCCUUUGAGUAGAAAAAGCAAGCUAGAAACCACAUACCGCAACAGGGAAGAUUCAAGUGCUCUGGCAGCAGAGGCAGUGGAAGACUUGUCUGAAUCCAUGCAUGGUCUGUGUAUCAGCAACAGUAACAUCCAUAGAACAUACCUCGCAGCAGGUACUUUCAUUGAUGGUCAUUUUGUAGAAAUGCCUGCAGUUAUAAACGAGGAUAUUGACCUCGCUGGGACCUCAUUAUGUUCUCUACCAGAGGACAAUAAAUACCUGGAUGAUAUUCAUCUAUCAGAAUUAACACACUUCUAUGAAGUGGAUAUUGAUCAAUCCAUGUUGGAUCCUGGUGCCUCAGAAACAAUGCAAGGAGAAAGUCGGAUUUUGAAUAUGAUUCGACAAAAAAGCAAGGAGAAUACAGAUUUUGAGGCAGAAUGUUGCAUAGUGUUAGAUGGCAUGGAGUUGCAAGGGGAACGUGCAAUAUGGACAGAUUCUACCAGCUCAGUGGGUGCUGAGGGCUUCUUCCUGCAAGACCUUGGCAAUCUGGCUCAGUUUUGGGAGUGUUGUUCAUCCAGUUCUGGUGAUGCUGAUGGAGAGAGUUUUGGAGGAGACUCUCCAGUUAGACUCUCUCCUAUCUUGGAUAGCACGAUACUCAGUUCACACGUGCUUGCUGGCAAUCAAGAGCCCUUUUCCAAUAUUAAUGAAGGAUCUGGUAUAAACUCUUGUUUUUCAGUAUUUGAAGUGCAAUGCAGUAAUUCCGUUUUACCAUUUUCUUUUGAAACACUCAACUUGGGAAGUGAACCUACAGAUUCUAGUGCUAAUAUACUGGGGAAAACACAGUCUAGAUUGCUAAUAUGGACCAAAAAUAGUGCCUUUGAAGAAAACGAACACUGUUCUAAUCUUUCAACAAGAACUUGUAGUCCGUGGUCCCAUUCAGAAGAAGCACGCUCGGACAACGAGACACUAAACAUUCAGUUUGAAGAAUCAACACAGUUUACUGCGGAAGAUAUUAAUUAUGUAGUUCCCAGAGUCUCUUCAGAUUAUGUAGAUGAAGAACUUCUAGAUUUUUUGCAGGAUGAAACUUGCCAGCAAAACAGUAGAACUUUAGGAGAAAUUCCUACAUUAGUUUUCAAAAAAAGAUCUAAGCUAGAAUCUGUGUGUGGUAUUCAGCUAGAACAAAAGGCCGAAAACAAGAACUUUGAAACUACACAGACAUGUAGUGAAAGCAGUCCACAUGGAGAUGGCUACAGCUCAGGGGUUAUUAAAGACAUUUGGACAAAGAUGGCAAAUAGAAAUUCUGUGGCUGCAGUAGAGACAGAAAGAACUGGGGAGGAGUUGUUUUCCACAGAUGUAAAUAACUACUGCUGCUGUUUGGACACUGAUGCUAAGAUGGAAGGCCUUCAGGAGCCUAGUAGGGCUGUGCAGAGAUCAGAGUAUCAUCUCUGGGAGGGACAGAAGGAGAACCUGGAGAAAAGAGCAUUUGUCUCUAGUGAGCUGUCCAAGGUGGAUGGCGGUGAUUACACCACACCCUCUAAACCUUGGGAUGUGGCCCAAGACAAAGAGAACACAUUCAUUCUUGGAGGAGUUUAUGGAGAACUGAAAACGUUCAACAGCGAUGGGGAGUGGGCAGUUGUACCACCUGGUCACACAAAAGGGAGUUUGUUACAGUGUGCAGCUUCUGAUGUAGUGACAAUAGCUGGUACAGAUGUCUUUAUGACCCCUGGAAACAGCUUUGCUCCUGGUCACAGGCAGCUCUGGAAGCCCUUUGUGUCAUUUGAACAGAACGAUAUGCCGAAGAGUGGGGAAAAUGGAUUAAACAAGGGAUUUUCUUUCAUCUUCCAUGAAGACUUGCUAGGAGCCUGCAGUAACUUUCAAGUUGAAGAUCCUGGGCUUGAAUAUUCAUUCUCUUCCUUUGACCUAAGCAAUCCAUUCUCACAAGUUCUCCACGUAGAGUGUUCAUUUGAACCAGAAGGGAUUGCAUCUUUCAGCCCCAGUUUUAAGCCGAAAUCAAUCCUUUGCUCUGAUUCAGACAGUGAAGUUUUUCACCCCAGAAUAUGUGGUGUUGACAGGACACAGUACAGGGCUAUACGAAUCUCUCCUCGAACUCACUUUCGCCCAAUUUCUGCAUCUGAACUAUCCCCUGGAGGAGGAAGUGAGUCAGAAUUUGAAUCUGAGAGAGAUGAAGCAAAUAUUCCCAUUCCUUCUCAAGUUGAUGUAUUUGAAGACCCACAAGCAGAUCUCAAACCUCUAGAAGAAGAUGCAGAGAAGGAAGGCCACUACUAUGGGAAAUCAGAGCUAGAGUCUGGGAAGUUCCUGCCCAGGUUAAAAAAAUCUGGAAUGGAAAAGAGUGCUCAGACAUCACUGGAUUCCCAGGAGGAGGCAUCAGGGAUUCUGCCAGUAGGAAAACAAAAUCAGUGUUUGGAAUGUAAUUUUAAUGAAUCUCUGGAAAUAAAUUUAGAAAGCUCAGCAGUAAACUGUAAAAUAAUGGCACAAUGUGAAGAGGAAAUCAAUGAUUUUUGCAGUUGCAAAGCAGGUUGUCAGUUCCCUGCUUGUGAAGAUAAUCCAGUGUCUUCAGGACAACUGGAAGAGAUUGGGAAGAAAGAAAAUGAGGAAAGAAGCAAGAUACCACCUACUACUACCAUAUUCCUUCGCUUUCUAUUUCCCGUACUGAACACUGAUGUGCAAGAAGUGACGAGAAAUCAAGAAAAGCAGAGCUGGUGGGAAAAAGCCUUGUACUCUCCCCUUUUUCCCUCUUCAGAGUGUGAAGAAUGUUAUACAAAUGCCAAGGGAGAGAAUGGUAUAGAAGAAUAUCCAGAUGCUAAAGAGACACCCAGUCGUGAAGAGCGUCUGUUAGAUUUUAAUAGGGUGUCUUCUGUUUAUGAAGCAAGAUGCACAGGAGAGAGAGGUUGUGAGACAAAACCAAACGGCCUCCACAGGAAGAUGUGUUCCAGCGCCAGCUCUGACACGGGUGACACAGGCUCCGAAGCCGGCGGAGAGUGGGUGGGCCCCAGCACAGAGGAGCUCUUCUCCCGAACACAUCUCUGACCCUGCAGAGUAGUACCAGUCGUUGAAAAUGCUGUGAUGGGAAAUUGCCUUCUGGGAGGCCUGUUAGUCUAAAGCAGCAACUUAGGUUUCUUCUUCGAUUAACUGAUCCACACCAGUGAUUACCUUUCUCUUCUUGCUUAUUUUAGCGUUGAGGACAGCUGUCCUGUUGAAGAUUUGUUUCUAAGCUGUUAAGUUCUUGCUCUCUGAAGUAGACUAGACUGUGCUGUCCAGUAAGGAAUGGGUGUGCAUGUGCUUGUCCUAGCGCGUCCAGCUUCUGCAUCGCAGCUGCAGGCCUCCCUCUGGCGGCAGUGUCGCCAUCACCUUGUCAGCACUGUGGCGACAACCGCCACCGUCCAGAGACUCUAGCUCUGUUCUCUGAGCCAGGAGAUCAGUCCUCUCCCCUGCUGCAGUGGGUCGGGGCCUUGCUGAAGGAGGAGGGAAGCAUGGUGACUCAUCUGCAGGCUCAUUCAGAAGAUCUCAUGGACAUUGCUGUAGGAACACAAGGGUGUGCUUUAGAGACUUACAGAAUACUGUGCUCUCUCUUAGGAUUCCCCUAAAGUACCAUGGAAGAUACUGUGGCUUGUGACUUUCUUGCUAGCUGAAGAAGCCAAGGAUUUGAGGCAUGGGGUGGAUGGGUUAAGUUCUGCUACUGUAGUGCAUGGGGUUCUCUGAGCUGCCUCUCGAGCACAUAGUUGAGGACCUUACCUACAAAUUAUUUUCUGGUGACAACAUUGAACUGAUGUCUCCAAAUGAACUUAAAAACAUUUGACAUGCAGUGAGGCCACCUCAUUACCCCAGAGAAAUCUUUGGCUGCUGCAGCUAGCUGUUCUUGUGGCUGUGAUGUAGUAUAGCUUGUAUCUCAUUUUGUGUUUGAGAGAAUGUUCUGGGCAAGUUCUGCUUGUGGUGGGCUGGGGUGGGUAGAGGACUUUCCCACAUACCUGUGUGAUGCUGUUCUGAUCGUCGCCCGUGUGGCUUGGUGAAGCAGCAGGCAUGCCUCACACAGCUGUGUCUAGGCGUGUCAUCACCCUUUGAGCUCUCAGAGCAGCACUGCCACAGUGCUGGGGGGAGCAGUGUGCAAAGCUGAACAUCCAAAUCAGUUUUCUCUCUUAACCAACUUGUGUAGUAAAACACCUUGUCCAGAACAUCGGGAGUGGCUGAGCGCUCGGAAGUAGCCAAGCGGGCCUCACCAGUAAGUGGGGCAGCACUGGGCACGUGGGGGGCUGCCCCUGAGGCCUUGCUGCGAGUACUUGAGUUUGCUGCCUGCUUCUCAGGAACACAGGAAAUACCGUGGAGGCUGUGCAGUCACUGCAGUUCUGUGCAUCCUCACCAUGGGGAGCCUGGCUGGCUGGCUGGGGGCAUCUUACCACCCUAGGGUUUGUUUUCAUACAGCACAUCUUCCGACACUUUACAGUGCUUGUGUGUGCGUGUGUGCAUGUGGAAGGUUUCAUGUUGCUCUUAUUUAUUUACAGACAUCAGAUAAGUUUUAUGUAUUUUUUUUCUUCUGGAGCUUCCUAAAAUUUGAUUAACAUCUGCACUGAAAUAUAACCUAUCAUCAAAGGCAAAAAGGAUUGAAAGUUAUAAAUUCCUAAAAUCAAUGCAGUCACAAUUACCCUAGAAAUUGUUGCUAUGACCAAAUAUUUCAUACUCAACCGUGAACUUGGAUGACCUGGACAGCCAGUGUUCGUCAGGAAAGGGCUCCAGGUGGCAAAGACACCUACCUCCUCAGCUGUGGGGAGAGGCCCCCCACAGGGGAUGCGGUGGGUCAUAAAAGGCAAAGGGAUGAAUAGAUUCUGUAUUUGGUUCCUUUCUGUAGUUAAGUGGCUGAAGUUCAGAGGCUUUGGCACAGAAUUGAAGUGUGGUUUUAGUUUCAUGAAUGGAUGAUCACAAAAAAGCAUUAAAAAAAGUUGGCAAACGCUGAAACGCACUGUGGUAUGAAGCGCGUUGCAUAUCCGUAGCACUGAAGUAUCAGCUCCAUUCCUGGGCUGAGAUUUUUUUUUCCGUGGUUGUAUUGUUCUGAUUUCACGUACACCAGAGUAACUGAUUUUUUUUUGUUUUGUUUGUUUUGUUUUCUUGUGGAGUUAACACCAAAUAAAAAUUUCAAAAAUG